AUGCCCUCCAGAGACGAGCUCCUCACAAAACUAAAAUCCAUCCUUCAAGACCACAUAACAGAGACAUCUACACCGGGUCUCUCUGCCGCAAUUCUCACCCCAAAUGCCUGUCACACUCUCACAGCCGGCCAAUCCAAUCUACAAACCCAGCAACAAAUCGAACCGUUUCACCUCUUUGGAAUCGGCUCCAUUACCAAAGUAUUCACUGCAAUUGUCAUACUACAACUCUGCGAGGAGGGCAAGCUAAGAUUAUCUGACGCCGUUGCGCAUCACCUAUCCUCCGAAACAUACGCCGAGAUAGACGAUGCUGCCGACGCAACUAUCUCCCAGUUACUAGGUCACGAAGCCGGCAUAGAUAGCUGGGAAGACGACCCCAAAUGGAUUACUCAUGGUCGCGGGCAGACUCUUGACCCAAGGCACAUAUGGGAGAAGACAGAACCAUUGAGUUAUAUUCGAAGACCGAAGAGGAUUGCACCAAAACGAGGAGAGUGGUAUUAUUCCAACACGAACUACACACUUCUAGGCCUCAUCAUUGAGAAAAUUGCACAAAAUACAGCAGAGUCUGAAAUCCGCAACCGCAUUCUAACGCCACUGAAUCUCCAUGACAUUUAUCUCGAGGGCUUUGAAACCGCGAGAGGUGCCUUGCCCAGUCGCCAUCACUGGGCAACAGACACAUUUCGCUCAACAGCAGGCAUAUGCCCAUCUUUCUCACUCAUCAGAGACGACCUCAUAGAUGCCAGCACGUCCAAUUUAUCGGUGGAAUGGACAGCCGGCGGGAUGCUAAGCUCUGCGACGGACCUCGUCAGAUUUGGACAGGCUCUCCGUGAUGGAAAGUUACUGAGACCGGAAUCUUUGGAUGUCAUGAAGAAGUGGAGGACGACUGCGCCAGGUAGUGAGGCUGGCCGUGGGCUGUUUCGAACCAAAUUCGCGGGUUCCGGGGGAAGUGAGUACUGGGAUGGGCAUUUUGGAGGUGUUUUAGGCUUCACUGCCGGGUUGUGGUGGGCAGAGGAUGGGGAUGUCGUGGUUGCUGUGUUUUCGAAUGUCGGUACCAUGCAUGCGGGAAGUGUGGCGGGGAGUGGUGCGCAUGUUAUUAUGAAUACGGGGUUUUUGGGGGUAGCGAGAGAGUUGGCUGAGGUAGAUGGUGGUGAUGUUUGA